CUGACGAACCGCUUCGAUUCGUGCGCUCCGCCGUUGGUUUUUAUAAUAUUCGCGGGUUUUUUAGUGGUUUUUUUUUUUUUUUAACACAGUUCGAGUGUACUUCUUUGCAUCAACCGCUAUGGAAUUAAAGGUUUUAGCGGUCACGCUGUUGCUGGCUUUGAGCUGCAGCGCGCAAUACGAAAGCCAUCAACACGGUGAAGAUUGCUCGCACUCACCGGCGUACGGGCCGCCGAAAUCCGAUUACGGCCAAACCCCGGCGCCGUACUCACCGGCCGCCGCCAAGCCAGCUUACUUCAAACCCAGCGGCUACGAAGCGGUCAGCUACUCGGCGCCGAGUUACGCGGCGCCGAGCUACGCGGCCCCGAGCUACGCGGUCCCCGAACCGAGUUACGCUUCGCCGAGCACGCCGAAAUACUCUUCGCCGAGCUACACCAGCAGCUACAAAUCGGCCAAGCCUGCUUACUCGGCUCCCGCUUACUCGGCACCGUCCUCCUACUCGGUUCCGGCGGCGUACAAACCGGCCGUGUACUCUACGCCCAAGUACGAAGCUCCGAAAUACGCCGCGCCCAGCACACCCGAAUACACUCCACACGGAUACAAAAGCGAAUACAAACCGGCUGUCGCUUACUCCGUAACCACACCGAAAUGCGACGACGCCGCGCAGCACGAGUACUCCACCCCGGCACCGUCCUACCCGUCGUACUCGCCGGCUCCGUCCUACAGCAAGCCGUCUUACCCGAAGCCCGCAUACGCCGCACCGAGCUACUCUUCGUCCAGCUAUUCUUCUUCCAGCUACUCCGCUGCGGCUCCUAGCUACGCCGUGCCAGAACCAGUGUACGCUUCACCGGCACCGAAAUACUCGGCUCCCAGCUACUCGACUCCAGCACCGAGUUACGCCGUGCCCGAACCAGUAUACGCUUCACCGGCACCGAAAUACUCGGCUCCGAGCUACUCAACCCCAGCACCCAGCUACGCUGCUCCAAGUGCUUCUUACUCGUCGUCCAGCUACUCUCAACCGAAAUACUCUGCACCGAGCUACUCUUCUUCCAGCUACUCUUCAUCCAGCUACUCAACCCCAGCACCGAGUUACGCCGUGCCCGAACCAGUAUACGCUUCACCGGCACCGAAAUACUCGGCUCCGAGCUACUCAACCCCAGCACCCAGCUACGCUGCUCCAAGUGCUUCUUACUCGUCGUCAAGCUACUCCCAGCCAAAAUACUCUGCUCCGAGCUACUCUUCGUCCAGCUACUCCGCCGCUGCUCCCAGCUACGCCGUACCCGAACCCGUAUACGCUUCCCCGGCCCCGAAAUACUCAGCCUCUAGUUACUCAACCCCAGCUCCGAGCUACGCCGCACCCGAACCGGUAUACGCUUCGCCGGCCCCGAAAUACCCGUCGGCCAGCUCAAACUCGUACUCCAGCAGCAGCUUCAAAAUCGCCAAGCCAGAAUACUCCGCGCCGGCUUACAAACCAGCCGAAUACUCUGCGCCUUCCGCAUACGUAGCGGCGGCCACCACUCCAAAAUGUGACUACGACCACGAGGAGUACGCCACCAAAGCGCCGUCUUACUCGAAGCAGUCAUACGCCGUAGCCCCGUACUCGCCACUAGCGUACUCGGCCCCGAAACCAUCUUACUCGUCGAAACCCGAAUACUCGUCGGCUCCGAUCGCAGUAUACUCGCCGUCGGCCUCUUCCGAGUACGGCAGCUCAGCCCCCAGCUACUCGUCUUCGUCGAGCUACUCGUCCGGCUCGGCCGCUCCGUCUUACGGACCGUCCGCUCCGGCAUACGCGCCGUCUUCCUCCUCGUCUUACGCCGCGUCCGCUCCGUCUUACGCCCCGGCCGCCCCGUCUUACGGGCCAUCGGCUUCGGCUUACGCCCCGGCCGCUCCGUCUUACGCCCCGGCCGCUCCGGCUUACGCCCCGGCCGCUUACUCCGCGCCCAAGGAGUACGCAGCCGCCAAGACUUACUCUAGUUACGUGACGCCACCCAAGUCCGGACCGACCAAGAACGUGGUCAACAGCCACUUGGAAAACUACGACGAGAACCCCAGAUACGCCUACGAGUACGCCGUGGACGAUUCGUACACCGGCGACAAGAAAAGCCAGAAAGAAGAACGAGACGGCGAGGUGGUGAAAGGCGAAUACAGUCUGGUCGAACCCGACGGUUCCGUCAGAACAGUCACCUACUACGCCGACUGGGACAACGGUUUCUUCGCCGACGUGAAAAAGACACCGGCGGCAGCCAAAUACUGAACCAACCGCUUUUUGAAUUAGUAUUAUUUUUUUUUUCUAGAUUCUUAUUAUAUACUUUCUGUAUUAUAUUAUUAUUUGCACGCAGCUCUAUAAUCUCUCUGUACGACUAGCCGCCCCGCGACGUUGUAAAACGUAUAGUAUUUUUUUUUUCCCCCUAAAACAACACCUCCUUCGAAAGCGGCCAUUUUGUCAUUCCCAGUAGUCAUAUUUGUAUAUUUUUUUUUUUAAUAUUAUUUUUAAACAUCUCCUAUAUGGGUCUAACAUACGAUCAUCAUCGGUUAAGAGGACACACACACACACACUUUUUCUCUCUGAUAUACCUACACUUGUACAUAAUAUUUCCGCUAGUCGCCGUCGUAGUGCCAUUAUUAUAAAACGUUUCUAUUCGCAAUCAAAAAGGUAAUGAUAAUAAAAAAAAAACACUUGAUCUCACAAUAUUACAAAAAAAUAUCGGUUAUAUCCCAGUUCCAAGUUUUGCAGUGUACCAGUGUCAAACAUUUUCUAUAACGGUGUCCAAUGCGGGAAAUUGAGUUCAAUAUACAAAAUAUAUAUAUAUUAUACAACACAUCAAGCCUAUACAUAUACGUUCUCCUAUAAUACAUACGGUUGUAUAUAAUAUAUUUUAUAUAUCUUCUUUUAUAUAUAAUAUCUUUUUGACUUUAAUUUUUUUUUUUUUUAGCUUCUCGUAUUGUGAUGUAUUUUUUCUUCAUUCAUUGUUUAUGUAUUUAUAUUAUAUUAUAUUAUUUUUAUUAUUAAAUCGUAGGUUAAUCACACGAUUAAAUAUUUUUUUUUUUUUGUACGCGUGUACUUGAAAAAAACGUCAUAU